AUGCCGCCGCGAACCUGUGCUCUCUGCAACGAUGCUCGGCCCAUCCUCAAAAGACCAAAGACGGGCCAGCAAAUAUGCAAGGAAUGCUUCUUCUGGGUGUUCGAGACAGAGGUACACAACACAAUUACAAAUGCCAAGCUGUUCAAAUCAGGAGACCGGGUCGCCAUCGGUGCAUCUGGAGGCAAAGAUUCAACAGUACUUGCUUAUGUUAUGAAGACAUUGAACGACCGAUACCUAUACGGCCUAGAAUUAUUUCUUCUAUCCAUUGACGAAGGCAUUACUGGAUACCGCGAUGAUUCGCUAGAAACGGUCAAGAGGAACCAACAGCAAUACGACAUGCCUUUGAAAAUUCUUUCGUACGACGAGCUUUAUGGCUGGACGAUGGACGCCAUCGUCUCGCAGGUUGGCAAGAAAAAUAAUUGCACAUUCUGCGGGGUUUUCCGUCGACAGGCUCUUGAUCGUGGCGCGGCCGCCCUACAUGUCGAUCAUAUAGUUACUGGACAUAACGCCGAUGACAUCGCAGAAACCGUGCUUAUGAACAUCAUGCGCGGCGACAUAGCUCGUCUUGGUCGGUGUACUAUGAUUUGCACGCAGGGCGAAGACACGAUCAAGCGGUCAAAACCGUUCAAAUAUGUAUAUGAAAAAGAGAUUGUAAUGUACGCUUACUUUAAGAAAUUGGAUUAUUUCUCCACAGAAUGCAUCUACUCUCCCGACGCUUACCGAGGUCAUGCACGAGCAUUCCUCAAAGACCUCGAGGCAGCGCGACCGAGUGCGAUCAUCGAUAUCAUACAUUCUGGCGAGGCAUUUGGGGUCAAGGAGGAAGUUAAGGCCACGCAAAAGGCUCAACAAACAUGUAAGCGCUGCGGCUAUAUGUCCAGCAAUGAUCUGUGUAAGGCAUGUACCUUGCUAGAGGGUCUCGAGCGAGGAAUGGCAAAUGCGGCUACUACAGAUCGCGCGCGGAAGAUAUUGGAUGCCGAUGGACCUGCACCAGAGAAUUUGCGAACAAUAUCGCUCUUCAACCCGAAGCCAGGGCCAGGAUGA